CGCAACAAGCUCAUAUAAUUUAUUUGAGAGGCUAAGAUAGUCUUCACCUGUGAUAAAAACAUGUUUUAUGUCUAAAAUCUGUUACAAUGGACUAUAACAAAUUUCUAGAGCAAAACUGAAUUUUUAAAAGUGACAAAAGAUCUGAAUAAGCAAAAACAGAAUGUCUUCCCAACCUCCAAGAUCAAAAGGGUCCCCGUUACCAGCACCAAAUCGCAGAGGAUCACAGGCCAGUUCAUUCAGUAAAAGUCCACCUCGAAGAAGUAGUAAAACCCCUUCACCAACAAGGAAUCAUAACCAAUCUCCCAUAAGAGUUGCAUCUGCAAAGAGCAGAGAUGAAUCAGCCAAAAGCAGAAAUGGUUCUUCCAAGUCCCGAUCCGGCUCAGCAGGGAAGAGAAUUGAAUCUGGAAAACUUCAGUCAAUCAAAAGGACUGGAUCAGCCUCUCCCCUACCACCAAUAUUAGACAGAAAGCAACAGAAACCUAUAGGAAAGAGUCAAGGGGAAUUAACUAAGAAAGGAAUGAAAAUUGUUGAUAUGUCUGGACAAGGAAUGACGUCUAUACCUGUUACUGUAACAGCAACUAGAGAUAUUGGAGAAUUAUGUCUGGCAUCCAAUAAUUUGAGGAUUCUUCCAGCAGAUAUACAGAAGUUAGUCAACUUGGAGAAACUGGAUAUUAGUAAAAAUGGUUUACGCUGUGUCAAUCCUGAAGAUUUCUCUGGGAUACCGAAAGAAUUCACUAAACUUACGCAAUUACAGGAACUGAAAAUCAGUGAAUGUAAUCUCCCCUUUAUUCCACCAGCCAUCUGGACUUUGUGCAACCUCAAGGUUCUGGAUGUCAGCCGGAACAAAAUCAACAUGCUCUUACCAGAAGUAGGAAAUCUUGUGGCUCUCCAAAAAAUCAACCUGCAGCAGACAAAUUUAACAUCGCUACCUCAAGAAAUCGCAUACUGUCAGGAUCUUGAAGAAAUUCUACUGUGGGGUAAUUCAAUAGAGAGUUUACCAGAAACGCUACCUGAAAUGCCUAAACUACGCAAACUCGCCAUUAACUAUCGAAGCUUCUGUUCCGUUGUUGAUUCGUACAUGGAAAAUCUUUUACGCAAAGGUCAAAUUAGAUCUGAACACAUACCAAAUGUAGUAUUUGAAUUGCCUGCAUUAGAAUGUCUGGAUUUAGAAAGCACAAAAAUAAACUUUCUUCCGGACAUUUACAACAUAAAUCUUCGAGAAUUUUAUGCAAGUAAAAAUUUUCUUCAAAAUGUUCCAGACACCAUCUAUAACCUAAAGCAUCUCCGAAUGGUUGAUAUGUCACACAACCUAAUAAUGAACAUACCAGAGGAUUUAGGACAACUACGAAGCCUGACAUCUCUUAAACUAAAUAACAAUUUAUUCGAAAAGGUACCAGUUACAAUAGGCAAGCUGUCAAAUCUGGAAACACUUGAUAUGUCCAAUAACAGAAUCCGACAUCUUCCCCCAGAAAUCAGAUCCUUGUGUCAUCUGCACACCCUUCUAUUAGAAAAUAACAACCUUCAAGCCUUGCCUGAUACAAUCUGUGAGCUCACAAGCCUAGAAACUCUUGAUGUCACCAAAAACUCACUGAAACACCUUCCCAUGAAACUUUAUAUGCUGUCCAACCUGACAGUCGCUCAUAGCUAUCGUAAACUGCACAAACACGGACUUUGGCUUUAUCAAAAUCCAUUAGAAACUCCCCCACCAGAAAUAUGGAAAACGGACAAACCAGAUCAAAUAUAUGAUUUUUUAAAGAAACAACAUAUUAUUAAGAUUGAUAAUCUCCAGAGACAAAAAAUUUUGAUGUUUGGUGAAUCACAAUGUGGAAAGACGAGCCUUGCUUAUACGCUGGUCCAGAAUAAAUCCUUUUUAACACGAGAAAAUGUUGAUAAAACUCGAGUUCUGAAACAACUUUUAUGGAGGACAGAUAACAAGGUUAAGUUUCUAAUCAAUGAUUUCGGUGGAGAUAAAGUGUACAAGAUAACUUAUCCACUUUUCACAGACUCGAAAUCUCUGGUAUUCGUUGUUUACAACAGUUCAACAUUUCAUGAGAAGAAUUACCAGGUAAUGAUUGGUAAAUGGAUUGACAUGUUAGUCUGCAAUGCACCUGGUACAGUUGUGAAAAUAAUCGGUACAAAGAGUGACCUUGAUCCCUACACGAUUAACUAUGAACCUCAAAAGGAAACAAUCAUAUCUCUUGUGCAGAAACAAUUGUCAGUCUAUUAUAAAAACUUGACUGAUGAACUAAAUGCCGUGGAACGAGAUGUGGAACUUAUCCAAGCUGCUCAAUCUUCUGUUGACAAUUUGAGGACAGAAGCGGAGGAUGCCAUUCUGAAACUACUGCAAGUCAGACAGCGUAAAUUAAUAGAACUCAAAUCUUGCCAGCUUCGUAUCAAUCCCAAAAUAAGCAUCGUUAGUUCUAGUGAGGGUAUCAGUGGCAUACCAGAACUUAUCAGUGAUGUUGAAUUCUUGGUUAUUGAUAAAACACUGUUUCCACAUGCACAAUGCAAGAUACCCGAAAAGUGGGAAAAAUUCAAAGCUCAAUUGAAACGACAUAAAUCAACUUAUUUAUUAUGGGAUACGGUUGAAGAAAUCGCUGAAAAGUCUAAAAUAAGCUCAGAAGAAAUGGAGUCCUGCAUCCAACACUUCCACGAUAUAGGGGACAUAAUUUGGUUUUCAGAUGUCCCUGGUUUGUCAGAAAUACUUUUCCAAAGACCGAGAGAACUUUUUGAUUUGUUAGGAACCUUAUUUAGACAUGACAUGGAUGACUUCCUGCAUUUUGAAACUUGUAAAUUAUUCAGAAGUCGAGGAAACUUUACUGCUGAAGAAUUUGAAGAAGUUCGAGAACGCUUUUUGUUGUGUGGACAGGUAUCUAGACCGCUUUUAAACUGUUUUUUAUUUUAUCAAAAUGUUGAUCAGCAUCUUAUGUCUGAUUUAUUAGAGUUAUUGCCCUUGUUAGAUCUAUGUUAUACCAUACCCGAACCAGAAUCACCGUCCGGUCAUUUGUUCAGCUUGCCGUUAAUGGUAUUACCCUGGUACAAUACAGAUACCCAACUCGAUGAAAUAGCAGACGUGUGGCCAGAAAAACCACCAAACAAUGAAAAAGAAGCAUCAGUGAUUUAUUCCUUUCCAUUUCAUGGUACAGACACCAUAUUUGAAAAAUGUGUAGCAACCAUUCAAGAUCUGGUUCUGACUAGAAUGGAUUGGAAAUGUGCUGUGUAUGCAACGACUGAGGAUGAAUCUGUGCUGCUUCGAGAAGGUGUUGACAUUCAGUCUUGUCCAAUCAUAAAAUUAACUGUACGAGGAAUAGACUUUUCAUCAAUACUUGAACUUCUGACUGACUUGGUUCAAGUGAUAAAUACUUUAUUAAUUCGUCAUCCAGGAAUUUACUGGAAAAUAGACUUUCCCAUGAAAAAUAUAGAUUUCUUGUCAAAAGUAACAUCAAUGCCGGAUGUGAAGUUUGAAAAUACUGAUCAUAUGCUGCCAGCUGUAUCCAGCUAAUAGACCAUAGACCAUACAGACUAACAGCUAAAAUCAAACAUUAGUACAUGUUAUAGCACAGGGUGAAUUAAUCAAGCUAUCAGCAAUGUGAACCCAUACUCAUAAUGUGUUUAUGACUGUGUCUAGCUAAAAUGUGAAAAAUCUGGUAAUGUGUUGAUGACAGCAUUUAGCUAAGAUGUGAAAAUAUUGAUAAUGUAUUGAUGACUAUAUGUAGCUAAGAUGUGAAAAUAUUGAUAAACGAUUAAAUAGCCAAGAUGUGAAAUUAGCUGAUAAUGUGCUGAUGACUGUAUCUAGCUAUAAUGUGAAAAAACUUGUAAUGUGUCAAUGACUGUAUCUAGCUAUAAUGUGAAAAAUCUCAUGUGGCAAUGACUGUGUCUAGCUAAGAUGUGAAAAUAUUGAUAAUGUGUUGAUGACUAUCUAGAUAAGAUGUGAAAAUACUGAUAAUAUGUUAGUAUCUAGCUAAAAUGUUAAAAUGAUGAUAAUGUGUUCAUGACCUUAUCUAGCUAAUAUGUGCAAAAACUUAUAAUGUGUUGAUGAUGUUGCAAGGCAUAAACACGAGAUAUCCUGAACUGUUUUCUGUGAUAUUAACUAAAGAUAUUCUAUAUGUAUUUCAGUUAGAGAGUUUAGAUGAGUUAAAAUAACUGAUAAUGUGUUGAUGUUAUCUAGCUAAGGUGUGGAAUAUACUAAAGAUAUUCUAUAUGUAUUUCAGUUAGAGAGUUUAGAUAAGUUAAAAUAACUGAUAAUGUGUUGAUGUUAUCUAGCUAAGGUGUGAAAUAUACUAAAGAUAUUCUGUAUGUAUUUUAAUUAGAGAGUUAUUUACUGUCUGUGCUAAUAGAACAACAUACUUAAAUUUAAUUGUUGUUAUUUACAUGUACUUCAACUGUCCACCUAAAUACCAAUAGGACAUACUAAAUGCUCUCUUCAGGACUAUGGUUUACAUUUAUAGACCUCUUCCAAAGUUUUUACUUCCAAACCUAGUGGGAGUUUUGGUGGCCGACUGGUUAACAUGUGCACAUUGGAUCAUAAGGUUUGUCAUUGUACGUGACAGGGAGUAGGAUUGCCUAUCCAACGUGUGUUUUCUACCCGGCACUAGCAAAUUAUUAAAAUAUUCAACCAUGCGUUAGUCCCGAAAUGACCUAGCUUGUGUGCUGUGAACAUUAAACUCUCUCUCUCUCCCUCCAACCAAACCGAGUGCAGGCAGUUAUUUGUCAUAGUUGUGCCAACCAUAAUGCAACAAAUAAACGAAGCGUGUCAAUUUAAGUGUAGACAAGA